AUGACACGUUUAGGUUCUUAGUUGAAGAUGACGACAUGGAUUUGAUACUAGAUGAGGAGAAACACAUGUUUGCUCUUUUAGAAGAAACGUAUGGAGUGGCAGAAACAAAUACUAACAAACAGUUAGUGAGGACAAACCGAGGUGGAGGUUGGCGUCGAGUGCAACGUUUCAUGAACGAUUCCGAGGUACAGUGCUAUGAGAUUCUUCGCAUGAACCAAGCAACAUUUAAUAGCUUAUGUAAGAUACUAUCAGAGAAGUAUCAGCUAGAAGAGACUUGCCAUGUUUACUUAGAGGAGAGUGUAGCAAUGUUUUUAGAGAUGGCUGGACAAGAUUUAUCCGUACGGGCUUUAGCUGAGAGAUACCAACAUUCAUCUGACACAGUGAAUAGGAAGAUAGAUGAGGUUUUAAGUUCUUUGUUGAAACUUGCAACAGACAUUGUGAAACCUGGAAGGGAUGAGUUUGCAAGUGCUAGUCCUAUUCUAGUAGAUGAUCCGCGAUAUUAUCCUUUUUUUAAGGAUUGCACAGGUGCUUUAGAUGGAACUCAUGUGCCGGUUCGUCCUCCUUCUUGGAAUGCCGAUCCAUUCAGAGGUAGAAAAGGAGAACCAACUAUGAAUGUCUUAGCUAUAUGUAAUUUCAGCAUGAAAUUCAUAUAUGCUUAUGUUGGGGUUCCUGGGAGAGCACAUGAUACAAAAGUGUUGACAUAUUGUGCUAAGGAAGAAGCUUCUUUUCCUCAUCCUCCAGUUGGAAAGUAUUAUCUAGUAGACUCUGGAUACCCAACUAGAACUGGUUAUUUAGGACCUCAACGUAGAACUAGAUAUAGCCUGGAUCAGUUUGUUAGAGGAGGACCACCGACAAACAGCAGAGAGUUAUUCAACCGAAAACAUUCUGGCUUGCGUUCGGUAAUUGAGAGAACAUUUGGAAUAUGGAAGGCUAAGUGGAGGAUUCUUGACAGGAAGCACCCUAAGUAUGAGCUGAAUAAAUGGGUGAAGAUUGUGACAGCAACAAUGGCUCUCCACAAUUUUAUAAGAGAUUCAAACCAUGAGGAUUGUGAUUUUGCACAUUGGGAAAGAGUGGAAGAAUAUGAACAUCAUGGGGAUGAAGAUGAUCAUGUUGCAUACGUACCAGCUGGAGAUAGAGUCAUGGAAGCUAUGCGAGAUUCCAUUACUGAAGAGAUGGCGAGAGGACGUCGACUUCCAUACUAGAUAAGCAAGCUGUGAAGAAGGAUGUGUUUCAGUUGUUUGCUGAGAAAGUUAAGAGACCACAAGGGGUUGGAAUCAAGAUGGGCUGUUAUGGAGCUCACGUGUGGGUUUGUAAUUUUGUUUCCCUCUUCUUUCUGUUCACUUCUAGUAUGGGUUUGUAGUUUUGUUUCCUUUGGACCAAUUGAUAAUACAAACUCAUUAUCCUUUUAUGUUUUUA